UUCAUUCACCUGUUCCUCUUCAACAGGUGACAUCCACGGUAUCUUUAAUGGCUGUAUUUUGACGCUUAUUAGCGUAUUUUGAGUUUCAACACUUAAUUUUGAUGUGGAUAUAGACCGCCUAUAAAUAAAUAUAUUACAUUGUUUCUAAUCGCGACAGAUUUAAUCAUGUACAGAUCCCGCAUAACUGUAUUUAUCGCCAUUCUUUUAAUUGGCUUUCUUUCCGCGUUAUUUUAUAUUGACGGGGACGUUUGGAGUAAAACUACACUACCGACAAUAAGAUUCUCAAAUUGCAACCGUGAUCCAGAGAUCCCAGACUUUCCCAAACCAAAUAUUGGGCCUUUUCCCAAUGAGAAUCCAACACCCUGUAACUGCCAAAACACUAUGCCAGCAAACCAGUUUGUGUCAAAAGAUGAGCUGGAUGACUUGCAGAAACGCCGGGCAGAGGAGUUCAGACAACACCAGAUCAGAUCAGGGAAAGAAAAUGAUGUUCUUCUUCUCGCCCCGGCCAACACCCCGCUCCAGUAUCCGAUGAGAGGAUUCAGAGUGACUCCCAUGAAUAAAACACUCAUUCCUGGUCUAGUUCUGCAAACACAAAAGAGAGCGUUUUACAAGGUUUCUCUAAGGGUGCAGAAAGGAGUGCUUUCAGUGAUGAAUGUCCAGGAAGGAGAGCAGGUGGAUGGCCAGAAUGAGAAACAUCUGAGCAUCUCAUCCAGCAGUCUCCAACAGCUCAACGACCUGCUGAGCAGACUGACCUACACCAGCACCAUCUACCACAUCAAGACCGAAGACCUCGCGUACUUCUCUUUUGAGAACAAUGAGGUCAUAUUCCCGAUUGAGAUCAGACGUUUGUCAGUUCCUGUUCUGUUUGACCCAGGAAAAGAUGUGAACACUCAGGUGACUGUGCUAAUUAAAGCAUUUCUACGAUACAAAGAACUAAACGUCCUCAUCAACAGUAUCCGUCUGAACUACCCAAAAAUAAAGAUCAUUGUUGCUGAUGACAGUCUGAACCCAGAGAAGGUGGUCGGUGACAAUAUAGAGCACUACAUAAUGCCCCCGGCACAGGGCUGGUUUGCAGGCAGAAAUCUGGCAGUGUCACAGGUCACCACUAAGUACUUCCUGUGGGUGGAUGAUGACUUUGUGUUCCUCAAUGAGACGCGCAUUGAGAGCUUUGUGAACAUUAUGGAAGCCGUUCCUGAACUAGAUGUGGUUGGUGGUCAGGUAGGAGGAAAUCAGUUUGCCUUCCAGCUGCAAUACCAGGAAGGCAACAGUGAGGAAGGCGGCUGUAUCACGCGUGUCAGUCGUACCCAUGCGCCACUCCCAGGUUUCAACGGCUGCUUCUUUGCAGAUGGAGUCGUCAACUAUUUCCUGGGCCGGACGGAGGCUGUGCGGAGGGUCGGUUUUGACCCGUUCCUCAAAAGAGUGGCUCACACUGAAUUCUUCGUUGACGGACUUGGAGAGUUAUUAGUUGUCACCUGCAAAGGUCUCACAAUUGGUCACCAAAAACACAGUCCCACGAACAAGUACGGUUCCUACAGGCAUCCUCCCAAAAGUGAUUCAGAGGCGAAAAUGACCCACCAUUUUUUCAAGAACCAUCUGAAAUGCAUCAAAUACUAAGGAGCAUUUCAGGUGAAACGUGCCAUUCCUCACACCUUAUUAAUCAUUGGAUUUUUUUUAUUUACUCUAUGAAUCAAAGGUUUGGAUCUACUUACCAUGGA